CGGAAUACAUGUCUAUUGAGAUUACUGACCGACUCUGACUCAGCACUCCUUGCGUCCAACAAGAGGCAUAGACCCUCCCACCAGCGAUCGUCAUCUGCCACAACCACCCCGGCGGAACGCAUUCAAGAAAUGGACUCCAACUUGCGCUUGGCUUGCUCGUCGUCAGAUACAGCGCACAUCCACCCUGUUACGCGACGGGCAAGGAAAUCGACAAAGAUACCCCCAAUAGUGGCCCCAUUUCUCAAUGAACAUGGGCGUCUCCAUCGCCUCAGGAUUAAGGUAGGAGACUAGGAUCGGUUUGACAUACUCGCUGAUCGCCAUCGUCCGUUUGCUCUGUCGUUUUACCCAUACAACUUCCCGAGGGGUCACCCCGACCCUGUCUGCCGUCUCUUCACCUCGCAAAGGGGCAUGCUGAGCCACUCUGGCUGAGCCAUUCUGCGUCUUCCGCCAGCCAUGCGAUACUAUUUCCGCUGGCGACUCAGGCCACUCUCCGGGGCGAGCACUUGGGUGCCGCUGUUACAGAGGACAGAACGCA